CAUGUUAGACAUCAUUUGAUCUAAUUUCGUUGAUCAAACAACACAACACAGACCACGAUGUACAAGUUGGUGGUGUUGUUCUCUGUGCUCGCGUUGGCAGCGGCUAAGCCCAGCUGGGUAGCUCCAGUGACUUACAGCGCUGUGUCACCCGUGGCCUACAGCGCCGUCUCACCCGUGGCCUACACCUCCGUCGUUUCUCCAGCCGUCAGCACCGUCGUGUCGCCCGCCACCAGCUCCGUCUCACAAUACAGCAGCAGCGUAGUUCACGGAUCCCCCGCUGUACCUGCAGUAUACAGCGCCGCCUAUGCUCCAGUGAGCCAUGCCGUCGUCCCCGCUGUCGCCGGUUGGUCCCAAGCCCCUGGAUCUCCCGCUGUUGUCUUAGACGCCGUACAAGGUGUUCCUUUGGACACCCCUGAGGUCGUCGCUGCUCGCGCUGCCCACUACCAAGCCAAGGCCUUAUCUGGUGUGCACAGAAUCGCCAAGCGCUCGCUCGCCGCUGUUACCCCUGUCACCUACAGCUCGGUUGUAUCUCCAGUGGCCUACUCCUCCCCCGCUUACGUUUCAGCGUACUCCCCAUACGCCUACUCUGCCUACUCUGGCCCAGUUGUAUCCUCUUACUCCGUAUACCCAAGGGCCCUCUCUGUCCACCCAUGGUAAUAUAUAAAAUAUCCGAUUUUAACCGAUAAUAUUUGAUCAACGAACAUGUACAAAGUUCACUGCCAAUAAAAUUUUUGAAUCCA